UUAGCAUUGGUCAGUGUAGGCGGAGUUUAUGUCACAGUGCCUUCCAAAACAAGGAACGUGCGUGUGUCGACACAAGGACAGAUAAGUUACUGCCACCGGGAGGAGAGAGUCGAAGAGCUGCGAUGAUUUCAUAGACAGCCUUCUCCGUUGUUGACGUUAAGAAGUUGUACAACAACCCUUGAAGAACAUGGACACACCUGAAGAGUCCAUAAGAAUGACCUCUGAUUCUCAGAGCAAAACAUGUGUACAGAGUCAGGACACACACAAAUAUCAAGAGAAAAGCCCAUCUGCAAAAUCAGGCAAUGGUGCAGCACUGGUGUUGUGUUCUGUAUCUGUGGCCUGCCUGAGUGGGUUGAUGAUGGGCUAUGAGAUGAGUCUGAUAUCAGGUGCAUUGCUUCAACUCAGGGACGUUUUGACUCUCUCCUGCCCGCAGCAAGAGCAAGUUGUUGGCUCUCUUCUGUUUGGAGCCUUCCUCCUCUCCCUGGGUGGUGGCACCAUUCUGGACCGUUAUGGACGGCGGUUCUCCAUCAUCCUCACAGCGCUGCUGUGUGUGUUAGGCACACUUCUGAGCGUGUGUGUGGUGUCAUUUUGGGUGCUAGUAGUCGGGCGGAUGCUUGUUGGGAUGGCGGUUGCGCUGUCAGGCACAGCGUCGUGUCUUUAUGCGGCAGAAGUGGCACCGGCCGCCUGGCGCGGGAGGUGCGUGUGUGUGUAUGAGUUGAUGGUAGUUUUAGGGAUGCUGUUGGGUUUUGGACUGAGCUGGGCAUUCGCAGGGGUCUCUGAUGGAUGGAGGUUUACGUUUGGUGGCGUGCUGUUCCCUGCUUUGCUGCAAGCUGGCAUCAUGCCGCUUUUGCCGCAGAGUCCACGCUUUUUGCUGGCCCAGCAGCGCGAGAAAGAGGCCCACGCAACUCUCGUCCGUCUUCGUGCUGGAAUCAAAGGAGUAGACCCAGUGGAGGACGAACUUCAGGCGAUACGCAUGGCAUUGGGGGCGGAGCGCCAGCACGGUUUCCUGGACCUCUUCCGUUCUCGUGACAAUAUGCUUCAGAGGCUGCUUGUUGGCGCUGCGCUAGUUUUCUUGCAGCAGGCUACAGGACAGCCCAACAUUUUAGCGUAUGCGUCGACUGUUCUCAGCAGCGUGGGCUUCCAUGGGAAUGAGGCAGCGACUCUUGCAUCCACAGGGUUUGGUGUGGUUAAAGUGGGCGGGACCAUUCCUGCAGUCUUUCUAGUGGACAAAGUGGGGCCUAAAGCCUUACUAUGUGUUGGUGCCGUUGUUAUGACAUUGUCAACAGCAACACUGGGGGCUGUGACUAUGCAAAGUCACACACAUGUUUCUAGCCUAUGCAGAGGCCCCGUUAAUAAAGCAAACCUCACCGUUUUUGGGACGGGAGAAGAGACUGAUUUCCAGACAAACACUCCACUGGGUUUGUACCAGUCUUCUUACCAUGAACUCCAAAACAAGCAUAAAACAAAUGCUUUCCUCACUAGCAUUAAUGACACUAAGGACCUCUGGGUUUUAAACGACACUCCUGAUCAUAGGACAGCAUUAAUGGAACUGGCUGAGGGUUCCAAGAAAGACAGUUCCACAGUUGCACUUCAAUCUCUUCAUGUUAAUGAAGUGUCACCAUCUCUGAAAUGGAUCUCUCUGGUCAGCCUGCUGGUGUAUGUAGCUGGAUUUUCCAUCAGCUUGGGACCAAUGGUUCAUGUGGUGUUGAGUGCGAUCUUCCCGACUGGCAUCCGUGGAAAGGCUGUGUCCGUCAUCUCUGCCUUCAACUGGGCCACAAAUUUGCUCAUAUCGAUGACCUUCCUUACUCUGACAGAGAGGAUCGGCCUGCCCUCAGUGAUCUUCUCCUAUGCUGCUAUGAGCUUCGUGUUGGUGGUGUUUGUGAUUGUAUUUGUGCCAGAGACGAAAGGCCGAUCGCUGGAACAGAUCUCUAAGGAGCUUGCCAUGAAGAAUAACCUGAGAAGUAGACUGCUGUGUGACAGAAGAAAACAGGAGGCUCCAGCACAGACUCCACAGGAGGAAAAAGCCCUCACAACUGUUUGACUUAUUGCCUAGAUGAAGAGUGGAAGAGCACAAGGGUAUUGCAAACAAUGGUUUGUUCUUGGCAUCUUGGAUUGUUCUUCCAUCUGGCAACUUACAGGACAGACAAACCUGUGACUGCACUUUUCAAAGUAUUGAAGAGAUAUAACUGACUGAUGUUGUCGUGGCUAUAAUUUAGCUUUAUAAACCUUCCCAUGGCAUGAUGGGUCAGUUGAGAAGA